CCUCCCUUCCCCCUUCCGCUCCGCCGCGCGAACGCAGGUAGAGGCGCUCUCGUCGCCGACGUGGACUCACCCGACGCCGCGAGCGAGAGCGAGAGCGCGACUCGAACACGCGGCCGUGGCGGGGCGCGAUGUGGCGGGCGAGGCGGUGGCCGUGGCCGUGGCGGUUGCAGCGGGGCGCGGCGAGGUGGUUGUCGUCGUCGUCGUCGUCGGAUGCUGCGGCGGGGCGGGUGGCGGCGCUGUGGGGGAACGGGGACUACGGGCGGCUGGGGAUGGGGGCGCUGGAGUCGCGGUGGAGCCCCACGGCCUGCCCCUUCUUCCUCGACCGCCCCGGCGACCCUCCCGCUUCCCUCGCCUGCGGCGGCGCCCACACCCUCUUCCUCACCGAGAGCGGGCGUGUGUUCGCCGCGGGGCUCAACGACUUCGGGCAGCUUGGGAUAGGCUCCUCCAUGACUCAUUCGCUGGAGCCUGUUGAAGUUUCUGGCUUUGAUGAGAAAGUUGUGGAAGUUUCAGCUGGCAACCAUCAUUCUUGUGCAGUAACUGCGGAUGGCAAGCUCUUCGUUUGGGGCAGAAAUUCAAGUGGCCAGCUUGGUCUUGGCAAAAGGGCAGGAAAAGUAGUUUCUACCCCAAAAAAGGUGGAUUGCUUGGCUGAUGCUAGAGUGAAAAUGGUUGCUUUGGGGUCAGAGCAUUCAAUUGCUACUACAGAGGAGGGUGAAGUAUUGAGCUGGGGAGCUGCUGGUGCUGGCAGACUUGGGCAUGGACAUAAAACUAACAUACUGGGAUUCUCUAUGACGACAAGUGAAUAUACUCCAAGGUUGAUAAAAAAUCUUGAUGGUACCAAGAUUAAAAGGAUAGCUGCAGGAGUGUUGCACUCAGCUUGCAUCGAUGAAAAAGGUACAUUGUUCAUAUUUGGGCAGAAGACUGAGAAGGGAUUUGGGAGAUCGGGUGAUGAACUUAGACCAACUGUUGUUGAAGAGGUACCAUUUUCUGAAGAAGUUGCCUGUGGAGGUUAUCAUACUUGUGCUGUGACAGACAGUGGAGAUCUGUACUCUUGGGGCUCAAACGAAAAUGGCUGCCUUGGUCUUGGUGGUACAGACAUGGUUCGCUCUCCAGAGGUUUUGAAAAGUUCGUUAUUUAAGCUUCCUGUAUCUAAGGUAGCAUGUGGUUGGAAGCACACAGCUGUAAUUUCAGGUGGAGAUAUUUACACUUGGGGCUGGGGAGGUGCUAACGGUACUUUUUUCGAAGAGGGCCAUUCUUCUGGUGGACAACUAGGACAUGGAAAUGAUGUCGACUACUUUGAACCUAUGAUGGUGGAAUUUGGCAAGAAUGCAAGGGCCGUCCAUGUAUCGUGUGGUUUCAAUCAUACUGGUGCAAUUUUUGAAUACUGUGAGAACUGACUUUUCUGCGUCACGGCAGAAGCCCUAUCACCAGCCAGGCGUGUUUUUAUUUGAAAUUAUAGGUGCACACAUAGAACAGGAGAGAGAGAGAGAG